UUAUUUGUUGAAAAAAAAUUCCCAAUUUGAUUUUUUUUUAUUACAUUAAAACCACUGCUCUUUAAAAUAUUAUUAUCCUGCAUAAUGUCCUACAUGAAAAAUGGUUCUAUUCCCGAAUUCGAAGAUGUUGACGAUAGUACAUUCCUCAAUCAUCCUCGACAAGGUUCGAAGGGAUAUAUUCUUUCUAAUAAUAAUGAUCCAUCUUCAUCAAUGGCUGAUAAACGAUUACAAUUAUUUGAAGAACGGCGGCGAAUUGAAGAACAAACACUUCAAUCAACGAAAAAUUCUUUAGGGCUUAUCUAUGAAACCGAAAAAAUAGGCGUUCAUACUGCUGAAGAAUUAUUGCAUCAACGUGAACAGCUGGAUAAUGUCAAUGAAAAACUUGAUUCAAUUAAUUCGAUUAUGCGUAUGUCACAAAAACAUAUUUCAUCCAUGAAGAGUAUGUUUGGUGGUUUCAAAAAUAUGUUUUCAAAAAAUCAGGAUCCUAAAAAUUUGCCGCCAGUAAAUACGAAAAAAAUAUCGUCAUCGGCAAGUGAUAAUAAACUGCAACAUACAUUGGAGAAUAUAUCGAAAAAUACUUCGGUCAUCAACGAUAGUCGAAUCAGCCAUAAAUUCGAUGUUAAUGAUGACAUGAAUAGCCGUAACAUGCCUGAUAAGACGAAAAAUUUAUCAUCAUAUGAGAUACGAUCACAAGAAAUUGACCAACAAUUGGAUGAGAAUCUUUCCGAAAUGGGUCUCGGUAUUAGCCGCUUGAAAGAAUUGGCAUUAGGUUUGGGCACCGAAAUUGAUAGUCAAAAUAAACUGCUUGAUACAAUUGCAACGAAAUCGGAAAAAGCACAGGAUACAGUGAGUAAUCAAAAUAGGCAAAUGAAUCGUAUCCUUAAAGGAUAAACAAUUGUCGCUCUACAGAAUCAAAUUUGGAAUAUUCUUUUAUUAAAUUGCAAAAUAAAUUUAUAAAUCAAAUUUUA